AAUCUUCGAGCAAAGUAAAAUUUAAUACUAUAAUUAUAAUCGAAAUCAUAUACAAAUACAACACAAUUUAACAAUUAAGCAUCAAUCUCUAGUUAAUACAAGUGAUUCAACACACACCCACCUUUAAGUUAAUUCAUAUUUUCUUUCAUUCCAAACUUCAUGUACUAUCAAAGUUCGUUAGUCUGGCCAGACAUAUAUAUCCAUGUCUUAAUCUUAGAACUUAGAUGGAUAAGCUUGUUGCCAGAAAUUGGCCAUUCUAAUUUCCUCCUCUUGUUUUUACAAUUUAUUUACUUUUUUAUUUCUUAGAUAAGAAAAACAAAUGAAUGAAAUCAUAAAUUUUGCUGACAAUGAGGUUGUUGAGAAAUGCUAAGCACAUGACCUUUCCCUUGUCUUCUCAAAUGUAAACUGAAAAACAGAAAUACACACUUUGUCCUGUUUUAAGUUCAUCUACAACCAAAUGGGAAAACUAUUGAAGAGAAACCAUUAAAAUAGCUACACUUAUUGGAAUGAUUUAGCAGCAAAAUCAGUUUUUAUAGCCAAGGCUAUGCAGAGCAACAUGAAAAUAAGAGGGUUUGAUGUUCAAGUUGUUGUUAUGCUAAUGAGCAUGUUAAGCUUAGUUUAUUGUCAAAACAAAGAGGUAGUCACUACCACUAACAUUGAUGGUGGUAGAAUUGGUUCACAUUCAUAUGCAUUUUAUGUGUUAGGUGAUUCCUCAGUUGAUUGUGGAGACAACACUCUCUUCUACCCUCUCCUUCAUGGUCAUUUCUCUUUGUAUCCAUGUAAUGGCUCUGAUUCCACACUUCUUCCUCAACUUCUUGCUGAAAAGAUUGGACUGAAAUCAAUGAGACCAUUCUAUGGUCAAAAUGGAUCUGUAGAGGAGAUCUUUGGGGGUCUCAACUUUGGAUCAACACAAGCAACAAUCAUGAACCAGGGAAGCCAAAGCCACCAAUCACUCAACCAACAACUCCGGCAAGUUUCCGAGACCAUGCAGCUGUUGCAGCUGCAUCUGGCCACGGACAUUGCUCUCCAAUUCACAAGAUCCUCCAUCUUUGCUCUCUCAUUCGGCAAAGACGAUUACAUUGAUCUCUUCCUUCAGAACUCUACCAACCAAAUGUCCAACCACACUUUUGCCACCAUUCUUGUGGAUCAAAUGACAAAUGCAGUGAGGUACCUCUAUGAUGCAAAUGCAAGGAAGAUCAUAUGCUUCGGAAUCCUUCCUUUGGGGUGCACUCCACGCGUAGCGUGGGAGAUGAAUCGCACGUCAGAUUACAAUGGAAGUGGUUGUGAGGAGCAAGUGAAUGAUUUGAUCAUGGAAUACAAUAACUUGCUAGAGGAACAUAUGGCCAAGCUUAACACUGAACUCCCUGAAAUUCAUGUGGUGUUCUGUGAUGUAUACCAUGGAAUGAUGGAGAUUAUCAACCAACCUUGGCUUUUUGGUUUUGUAGACACAAAGACUGCAUGUUGUGGACUAGGCUUGAAUGGUGCAAUGAUAGGAUGCAUGUCCAUGGACAUAGCAUGCAAUGAACCUUCAAAACACCUAUGGUGGGAUCUAUUGAACCCUACACAAGCAGUAAACUCAAUCCUAGCUGAUGCAGCGUGGUCUGGCUCACUAAUCUCAAAUCUUUGCCAUCCUAUCACCAUCCGUGAAUUGUUCAACAUCAAAGUGUAGAAGAAACAACCACCACCAUUUUUCUUGAUUGAUCAUAUCUUUUUACCCUAUAUGUUAGCUUUGAAGAUGUUACAAAACACAAGUUCUUAAAGUCUAGCUUACUCCAUUUGCUUUUAGUAUUUAAUACACCAUAAAGAACAGGUUGUUAAUGUGAUCUUAUAAAUAUAAUUAUGAUUUACUAAAGUGGGUAUUUGAUUCUGACAUCAUUUGUCUUUAUCCUAUGUAAUAAAUUCAAGUCAUGCAUAGUUCUGAUUCUGACACCAUUUGUCCUUGUCAACAUUUAAGUCAUGCUAGCACAUGGAAGUUCAAAAAAGAUGAAUAUUUUUAUGUUGCUUACUAACUUUCUCAUCUAGUUUCAAGAUCUAGAGCUCAGAUUUAUAACAAAAUAAACCCUAAAUACUUGCAUUUUUUCAA